GGCGACGCUAAAUGUGUGUCACUGCAGGACGAGAAGGUCUCCGGCUCAUUAAGUCAUUUUCUGGUAAUAGAGUAAUGUGGCAGAUGACCGAGUAUAUGAACGGGUGGCAUACGGUGGCCAUCAUCAGUGACCACCAACCGAUCGUCCGCAGCGCUUCUGGUGGACAGUGUAUGCAAAGUACGGAUAUACAGAUAUACUCAGCGUUGUUCAUCAGUGAAGCUAAGAAACGAAACAUGGUCAAGUUUACGUAUCAGGUUAUGUUGGUGGUAACUGUAGUUCUGCACAUAGUGGUGCUGGCCAUCGCCUCCAGCUACCCCUCAAGAAACAGUGUGAUGGUAAGGUCAGACGACGACUUGCUGGACAAACCUGAGUGGCUGCAGAACAUCCCGGAGGAGAGUAAGGUGGCCAAGUACCGAAAGAGACGCUUCGUCGCCUUCCCUACAGGCUCUGUCCUUGGUGUAGAUGUCACCUUGCAGAUUCCUGUAGUAGGCGUGAGCGACACCGAUAAACUGGCGUUAGCGAGUCAACACAAGUUUAACCUGCCCAAUAACUCGGCCAACUACGGCAGAGAGCUGGGUGGUGGCCUCACCAACAGAAUGGGCUUCUAUCAUGGAGCAGAGCAGUUUCUCGACAGCUUGGGUUACGAUGGCCACUCCUGCAUCCUGAGGACUAUCUGCGAGGUUGCCGAGAUGCCCUUCCAACAAGGUCUCUUGGGAGAGGUGGUCAACCUUCUCCUCUUGGUGGUCUCUGGGUCUUACAGUGAGGUGGAGAACAGCGUGGACGAGUACACCACGGCUCAGUACUACGGUCAACACCAUGGCUCCUGCUUCGCCAUCUACCCAAAGUGCCCAAUCUCCUUCACCAACCUCCUCACUAGGCUUGUUCCUGUCCAAUAAGACCAUCCCAGUUACCAACCUCCUCACCCGGGUCA